AUGAAGUUCACCACCAUCCUCUUCGCUACAGGCAUCGCUGCCGUCCAGGGCAUGGAGCUGAUCAGCGAAAACCCGCUCUGCAAGUACGAAAAGCUCAGCGUCACCGCCUGGCACAACUGCAACGACUUCAACGGAGGCAGCGACCCUUACAAGGACUCCGACUGCGACAUGCCCUGCGCCCGAGCCGGCAGGAAGGAAGCGGGCAAGUUUGUGCACGUCAGCAACUACUGGGGCAGCAACAGGUGUGCGCUGCAGUGUUAUCUCAAGUAG